UUGAUUAACGGAAAGCGUGGAGUAACAAUCUCACUGUUGUAUGCUAGUUGUGAAAAGCGUCAAACUAGGAAAUUAGCCGGAUAGUUGAAGAAUUCAUGGUGUCUAGCUGGCCACGGAAGGAGUUCAGUUGUUAACCAUUCAUUUCAAGAUGGAUUCCGUUGAGUUUAUCAAGAAAUGUUCAAAUCCCUAAUCUCCUUCUGCACAAUAAGCUUCACAAUCCUAUUAGUAUUGUUGUUAUGUGAAGAAAGUCGUGGAGAUACACCAGCGAACUGUUCUUAUUCGGAUGCAAUUGGUCAAUGGGUGUUUUAUGUAGGCGAUUACAAGUCGAAAUGCCCCAGUAAAUUUAAGCCUAAAAGGGUUGUGACUAUGAAGAUACAAUAUCCAGAUAUUGUGACUGAUUCUUAUGGGAAUAUGGGGAAAUGGACUCUGAUAUAUAAUCAAGGCUUUGAAAUUAUUAUCAAUCAUAGAAAAUGGUUAGUUAUGUUUCACUAUGAGAAGAAAUCGAAGUUUAAUUGUCAUAAAUCGAUGCCUAUGUGGACACAUGACACGUUAAUCCGUCAAUGGUAUUGUUUCACUGCUUCGAAACUUGGUGAGACUCAAAGCCAACUGAAUUACACACUGUCUGGAGAAGAAAUUGACGAAAACAGAAUGUUCACAGUUGAUCCUACCCUUGUGGAUGAAAUCAAUAGACAACAGAACUCUUGGAGAGCGAAAAUGUAUCCAGAAUACUUGAGCUAUACAAUUGGAGAAAUGAGACGUCGAGUUGGUGGCGCAGCGUCUGUGUAUUCAAGAUCACCAUCCAUACAUGCACCAAAGAAGUAUCUGUCAGCGGAAAUGAUAUCAGCUAUUCAACAUUUACCUCGUGAAUUCGAUUGGCUCAAUCCACCUGAAGGUCUUCGUAAUCCAGUGACACCUAUUCGUGAUCAAGGCAAAUGUGGAAGUUGUUACGCGUUUGCAUCCGCAGCUGCAGUUGAGUCUCGUUUACUUCUAGCUAGUAAUUUUACCCUUCAACCUAUUCUAUCACCUCAAGAUAUCCUGGACUGUAGUCCGUAUUCACAAGGUUGUGAUGGUGGCUUUCCUUAUUUAAUUGCUGGUAAAUAUGCUGAAGACUUCGGCAUGGUCACGGAGAAGUGUAAUCCAUAUGCUGGAAAACAAAGAAGUCAGUGUAAAACAAGUAAACAUUGUGAACGAUAUUACACAACCAACUAUGCCUAUCUUGGUGGUUAUUAUGGGGCAACAAAUGAAGAAAUCAUGAAAUUAGAAUUAGUUCAGAAUGGACCAUUUCCUGUUGGAUUUGAAGUGUACAAUGAUUUUAUCUUUUACGAAUCAGGUGUAUAUCGACACACAAAGAUUGAAAAUCAACAUCCUCCAUUCAAUCCAUUCGAGUUAACUAACCACGCUGUACUGCUAAUUGGUUAUGGUGUUGACCAGGAUACAAAUCUACCCUACUGGAAUAUAAAAAAUAGUUGGGGUGGUCAAUGGGGUGAAAAUGGAUUCUUCCGAAUACUACGUGGUUCAGAUGAAUGUGGUGUGGAAAGUCUUGCUGUUAAAUUUGAUGUUGUAUUUUAAUGUGAAGAAGGCGAAAAUUGUACCCUUAUAAUGUAAUUAAACAAAGUAGAUUAAAUGAAUGAACAGCG